CUUCAAAUCGGGGGACGGCAUGAGUGCUCCUGUGGAAGUUUUAAAAGCACCGGUGAACCAUGCGUUCAUAUUUAUUGGAUUAUGCUUAAAAAAUUCAAAGUGGAUGCUGAUGAUCCGGUUAGCUGGCAGCCUGGCUUGGUUGAAAGGGAAAUAGUGGACCUCCUGGACGGGAAACACAGCCAAAGUAUUGAAAUCACCCCUAAAAGAGCUGAAGCAAAUUCGCCCGAAAUCUUUAAAACUGAGAAUGGAGUGCUCAAACAGCGGCUCAUUGGUGCGGGGGACAUCUGUCCAAUCUGUCAAGAUGAACUACUCUCUGAGAAGCGAAACCCCGUCACCUAUUGUCGUAAGGGAUGCGGAAACAGUGUGCAUAUCCGUUGUAUGCGCGUGUGGACUGACCAUCAACGAAGAGAAAAGACCAUAGCCUCUUCAGCGGAUUCUGAGGCCGGCUCAUUCGCGCACAGUGUGUCUCAGCUGCCAGUGUACCCCGGUUUACGGAAAUCUCUACCGAUGUCAGGCAUGCUUGGAGCAAUCUGUGGAGGAGGGAAAUACCUACCUAUGUUCCGAGUGCUUUAAGAACAACGAACAUGGUGAACACGACCGUUUUAUGUAUAAAGAGUGGUUGGAGUGUAAAAUGUUCAUAAAUCAAUUCUUCCUUCUAAUUCUGGAACUGGAAAGCUGUGCAAUCAAUGUUAAUCCGUCUCCUUUACGGGUCAAGUAAACUAAUGCACAAAACUGGUUGUAUCUCUGUCCUAAAAUGUCUCAACCACCAACGACAUCCAAACGCAAACACUAUUUCCUUUCUUCAUGCAUAAUUACGCUGUCCAAGUACCAGCAAAGGCUUACUCUACUAAAUGAGUUUCAUAUUAUGAGCUAGAGGCGUUUUGAGAAAGGCAAGAUCCAUUCCUACUCGAGAAAUGUAUUUGCCAACUUGUUUGGCCUCUACACAAUGUCUUAGAACCAUUUUCU